AUGGCUCAAGCAGCAAUGGCAGCAGCAUCCAGCCAUGAUGAGGAUUCAUCUGAAAGCAGAAUGGUGGUUACCUUUCUCAUGUCAGCCCUUGAAUCAAUGUGCAAAGAGCUUGCCAAGUCUAAGGCAGAAGUUGCCUGCAUUGCUGUGUAUGAAACAGAUGUAUUUGUGGUGGGAACUGAGAGAGGAAGAGCCUACGUCAAUACGAGAAAAGAUUUUCAGAAGGAUUUUGUGAAGUACUGUAUUAAUGAAGAGGCAAAAGCUAUAGAAUUGCAGAAGACAAAAUCAUCAUCUCUUGAUAACAAGAUGACUCUGGAUAUUGUAGAAAUGGAAGCUCUCAGGAAGUCUGUGGAGGAUUAUUUCUGUAUUUGCUACGGUAAAGCUUUAGGUAAAUCAACAGUAGUUCCUGUGCCAUAUGAUAAGAUUCAGAGGGAUCCGUCUGCUGUGGUAGUACAUGGGCUUCCAGAAGGACUUGCUUUCAAGCAUCCCUCCAGCUAUGAUGCCACAACACUGAAGUGGAUUUUGGAGAACAAAUCUGGGAUCUCAUUUGUCAUCAAAAGGCCUUUCCUUGAGCCAAAGAAACAUUUAGGCCGUCUUUCAGACUCAUCACAUAUGGUGACAUCUCCAGGUGUAAGUUGCCCUUCCAUUCAGGUGAAGACUGAGCCCAGUGAAGAUUCUGGACUUGAGAUGGUAACAGUUAAAGAAGAAUCAGAAGACCCUGAAUAUUAUCAGUUUAAUAUUCCAGCAGGUCCUUCAGAAACUUCGGCGAUUGAUGAGAAAAUCGCCCUGGCAAAGUCUUACACAGGGAGCAACCAGGGUUCCGAUUGCAGUGAAGGAACAGAUGUGGAAUUGCCAGUAGAAGAUUCUUCUCAGCAUGCCACUUCUGAAACAAGUGAGGAUCCUGAAGUGGAAGUGACCAUUGAAGAUGAUGAUGACUACUUACCACCACAUAAGAAGACAAAAAGCAUAGAGCCAGUUAAUGAUGCUUCCAAUGUUGGGAGAAGAAAAGCUAGAGAGUUCAAUUUUGAGAAAUGGAAUGCCCGAAUUACAGACUUGAGAAAGCAAGUUGAAAAGUUAUUUGAAAGAAAAUAUGCUGAAGCUAUUAAUGCAAAAGGGCCUGUAUCUAUCCCGUAUCCACUCUUCCAAUCUCAUGUUGAAGAUCUGUAUGUGGAAGGAUUACCAGAAGGAAUUCCUUUUCGUAGACCCUCCACUUAUGGGAUCCCACGUCUUGAACGGAUUUUACUGGCAAAGGAACGGAUCCGAUUUGUGAUUAAGAAGCAUGAGCUGCUAAAUUCAACGCGAGAAGAUUUACCAUUAGAUAAACCAGUUACAGGGGCUGAGGCUUUGGGAAGCAAUGAACCAAAGGCCGUACCUUACCAGAAAUUUGAAGCACAUCCCACUGAUCUUUAUGUGGAAGGUUUGCCAGAGAAUAUUCCAUUUCGGAGUCCCUCUUGGUAUGGAAUCCCUCGGCUGGAGAAAAUUCUUCAAGUGGGGAAUAGGAUAAAGUUUGUAAUAAAAAAGCCAGAACUACUCACAAUCACUUCCACAGAGGUUACUCAACCAAGAACAAACAUGCCAGUCAAAGAAGAUUGGAAUGUCAGAAUCACAAAAUUGAGGAAGCAAGUAGAAGAGAUAUUUAAUAUGAAAUUUGGACAAGCUCUGGGUCUCGGUGAAGCAGUGAAAGUUCCUUAUCCUGUCUUUGAGUCAAAUCCUGAUCAUCUGUAUGUGGAAGGUUUGCCUGAAGGGAUCCCCUUUCGAAGCCCAACCUGGUUUGGAAUCCCACGCCUGGAAAGAAUUGUGCGGGGCAGUGGAAAAAUUAAAUUCAUUGUGAAGAAGCCAGAGCUUGUUACCUCAUACUUGCCUCCAGAAUUGGCUUGUAAAGUGAAUAUUUCAGGAUCUCAGAGUCCCAGCAGCUCAAACUCUACACCAAGUCCUUUGAGCAACUCUAAAGUUCCAGAGAUUGAAGUUACUGUAGAUGAAGGUCCUGCAAAUAAGGUAUCAACCUCAGAUGUUAAAACUAAUCCUCAAACCAAUGGAUCCAAUACAGGCUUUAAGCCAAGAGGAAGAGAAUUUUCUUUUGAGGCCUGGAAUGCCAAGAUUACUGAUUUGAAACAGAAAGUUGAAAAUCUUUUUAAUGAAAAAUGUGGGGAAGCUCUCGGACUGACAGAACCUGUUAAAGUUCCUUUUGCGCUCUUUGAAUCUUAUCCUGAAGAUUUUUAUGUUGAAGGCCUUCCUGAGGGAGUGCCAUUCCGUCGCCCAUCCACUUUUGGCAUUCCAAGAUUGGAAAAAAUCCUCCGAAACAAAGCUAAGAUAAAAUUUAUCAUUAAAAAGCCUGAAAUGUUUGAGGCAGCAAUUAAAGAAAAUGCUACUGCUAUUCCAAGUCCUCAAAGAAGAACCAGCUUAUGUAAUACUGUGAUAAAUGCUGUAAGUGUGCCUGACCCGGUGGUGAACACAGCUGCUGGAGUAGAAGACCUUAACAUCAUCCAAGUGACAAUACCAGAUGACGAUGAGAGAACCUCCAAAGUAGAGAAGGCCCGGCAGCUGAGAGAGCAAGUGAAUGAUCUCUUCAGUCGAAAAUUUGGGGAAGCCAUUGGCAUGGGAUACCCUGUGAAAGUCCCAUACCGAAAAAUCACUGUCAACCCUGGCUGUGUGGUGGUGGAUGGGAUGCCCCCUGGUGUAUCUUUUAAAGCUCCCAGCUAUCUUGAAAUCAGUUCCAUGAGGAAGAUUCUGGAUUCCGCGGAGUUUAUUAAAUUUACUGUCAUUAGACCAUUCCCCGGACUUGUAAUGAACAACCAAAUUACCGAAAAAGCAGAAGCAGAAGUCCCAGCAGUCACUGUGCCAGCUCCUGAGCCGGUGGUACAAGAGCCAGUUGAAACGGACCAAAUAGUACAAGUAUCUGUGGAGGAAGAUUCGGUACAGACUGAAGAACACGCUCAAAUAAAGCAAGAGCCAGAUCCAACGUGGUAGACCUGACUUGCAUUAGGGUAAAGGACAGUCAUAACCGAAGCAGAGUGGUGGGUGGUGUUCAGAUACUUUUCUAGGUAGGAGAUGGACCCCGACUGUUGCGUUGAAUGCAGAAUCUAUGAUCUGACUUCCAUUUAUAUUGGUCCUGUAACUACCGUGUGUAGAUCACUUAACUUGGCAGAGUCCCUCUUACAAUCUUUUUAAGUUGUGCUCCUUUUGUCCUUGGGUCACUUGCUUUGAUUUAUAGUCCUCCUGAAUCUUUAGAGCAAUCUUCCCCACCUAAUGUCCUCCGUAUGUUUUGGAUGACAUCCUCUCUGCCCAUUGGCUUUGCUGGCGGGGGCUGAUGGGUGUUGGAGUCCAUGUCUGGAGGGCUUGAGAUACCUAACAAAACCAAGUUAAACUGAAUGAAAUAUGUACAGUAUGCAAAAAUAGCCAUUAUUUUCACAGGGCUUCUAGUAGCAGUUUAUUUAACUUGAAUCUCUGCCAUUUUGUUUUUUUCUCCUUGAUCUCCAAUCAAAAGCAAAAACAUCAAGGCUUGUGAAGAGUUUGUUGGGAUGACUCUGGCCUGUGUAAUAUAAUUGUAUAAGAGAUGUACCUUCUGUCUGUCCUAUCCUAAUGUCUGUGGA